GUACGCUCUGAGGUGAGCAUUGCCCGUCGUCAUCGCAACACCUGUUGCUGUUUCAAUCCGUGCCGUGUGUGCUUUUUGUUGUCGUUUCUUCAUUUCGCUUGCUUCUUAUUUGGAACUUCGACGAACCGUACGAUCACAAUCACGAUCACGAGAGUUAAAUCCGUGGGCCUGGACGCAUCGCGUAAUCAGCAGCAUCAGCAGCAGUCAGCCGCUUGUCGCGCGUACAGUUUUUCCUCAUCUCGGUCCGCGCUACCGUGAUUUUCAUCGCUUUUUGAGAUUUUGUUUUGCUUCUCGUUUUCCGUUUAAUCAUUCAAUUAUUGAUAAUUUGCUUACGAAAGAUUGCUGGGAAAAGAGAGAAGGAAGAAACAAAACAAUAUAAUCAAGCCCAUGAAAUGUUCGGCCGAUGAAGAGGUGUGUGGAUGGAGCAGAUGUUUGUGGCCGGCCAGCGGUAAACGAGAACCGGCUUGUGUGUGGCUGUCAGAAGACUACCUUAGAAGGGCAACGAUUAGGCGAAAAAGAGUGAGCGAUUAACUUGGGUUUGUGCUUGAUUAGUGAGAAAGCAGAUUUGGUAGGGAAAUUGCCUACCAAGUCAUAGUGUGUAGUUCUGUAAUGACGAACAAAGCAAACUUACUUUUCGAAAAUGAGUGCGAUAUUACAUUAUUACAAAUCGGAUUAGUGGCGAGGCUAGCUGGCUAAGCGUCUAGCCGGUCAGUGUCGCGAGUCACGUUUUAUGCUGAUAUAGUGAAAUGCGUUCAACUACACCAACACUGUGCUCGGUCGAAAACACCUUAAUGCAACUAGGCUAAAACUGUGGAUGAAGGACUACAAUAAGCCUAACAUACAGCCGUGUGUUUAUGUCACCUUGCGGCAGAACUGCUCUGGCCUAGGUAUUGUUUGUAGCGAUAAGAUUAUGUGUAACAACUUGUUCGCCAGGGCUUAGUGAAGUGUUUGAAAAAAUGCACUUUUCGUUCGUCGUAUGGUGCGAGUGAUGGAAGGACGUUGUACGAAGAUAAUAGAACAAAAUCUACUGAAAACCAAUCGAUUCCAGUCGUGAAGCAUUAUCGGGCCUACAAAUUUCAACUAACAAAGGGAAAAUGGGUAACGGUCUUGAAGCCCAAAACGAUUCUUAACAUUGGCCCAUAAAACUCAAAUAAAACUGCUUGAUAAUCAAUCGUUCGCUCGCUUCCUUUCGACAAUGGUUUAUGACAGUGGUUGGCAAAACGCUGCAAUAGGAAAUUAAUUAGUGCACUGGAGAAUUCAGCCGGCGACGAAAAAAAAAUAUGACAAGAAGAAGUGUGAUCUGCAAGUGGAUUCUUUUUGUUGAUCCGUGUUUAUCCCGUACCACAUUUACGGUCGUCCCAGAACGAGCUGCAAAAGAAAGGAUGCGAUAAAAAAAAGCACAGAUUACAACCCGCAUCAGACCGAACGCUUGACGUCACCCGGUGCAACCCAUCGGCAACAGUAGCUAGUUCACUCGUUGAAACAACCGCACGACCAAAGCAGAUACCGGAAUAAGUUAAUUGGAUUAAAUCUUGCUAAUGAUGACCUAACCAUCCAAUUCCGGAAGACGCAUGAUGCGUUUGUUCAAAGUCAGAAAACUUUCCGACAUUCAAAUUGCAUCAUCGGAAUCUACCCCAGAAGCAAUAUCCAGCGGCACUAACCCCGGCACUACGGAAGCAACCGAGCCAACCCAUAAUGAGAUUAUUAAUUCGAGCAUUGAUCCAUCAAAUUCGGGUCGGGCCGUUGCUUGCGGUAGUUCAGGAUCAUCACUAACAUCCACGGAGACCAUCAGAGGGAUCACCACACAAACAACCAACAGCGGUUUGCUGCUGCUAUGCUCAUCAGCAUCAACCUCGACAGGUCGAACGUUAUCGAUUUUGGCGGUUCCAUCCACCGCUGCCGGCAUCCAUGCUACCACUAGCGACACAGGUUUUAAUGAUUCGCUGCCGAAACCAACAGCACCACAAUUUGCGAAUGAUAAAAUUUGCACAAUUUAUAACAAAACCCAGAAUAUUAGAUUAUUAUCAGAAAAGCCAGUCAAUCAAGGCUCGGGUCUGCUGGUGAGAGGUACGGGCGGUACGUUGCUGUCACCACGACAGCCACAACAGAUGCAUCAACGGCAGCAGUCGUCAUCGGAGUUUUGUCUUCAACAGCAGCACUUUCAAACGAAUAAAAUAAACGCAAUCGGGACGUUGAUUGGCAGGAACGCAAUUGCUUCACCACCCGGGUACAAGGUGGUCACUGCUGUUCCAGCCAUGGUGUUAGACGACGAAACGCCCACAAUAGCAGUGGCUGUGGCAACGGCGACAAAGGAAAGCAAAAAUGUGUUCACAUGGGGUCGGAAAAUGGGCAAAAAGUUCGAUCUUUUACGCCGGGGCAGUGAUGCCCAGAAACUUCCGACGACGCCCCCAUCACCAACUAACACGCCAACAUGCGUAUCCAUAUUCAAUACAGACACCAUCAAAAAAAGCAAAACGAUUCCGCUGAAAGCGUAUCAACCUGCAAAUGAGCCGUUGGUCAAACUGAAUAACGAGCGCUCCUCAGGAACGCUGAAAAAUUUCUUCUAUCGCAUGGGAUCAACCGGAAUGUUGAAUCAUCGUUCCAGCCAAAUCCAGAAACAAAUACAGCAACAAUCGUCCAAACAACAACCAAAACAAGAAUCCAAUCAGUCACAGCCGACCCAAACUGGUUACGUUGGCAAGGGCAAAAUGGAUGGACACUCGGUGCUCUACCGAAGUAGUUCUACCAGUCAGUUGAACUCGUCUUCAUACAUUAAAUGUGACGAUCCGACGGAAGGUAUCAAUCUGGCUAAUGGAAACCACAAAAAUGCAGCUAGCAGUACCAAUCUCAACAAUUCACCGAACGAUCAGUCAACUCCAAAGCAAUCUCCAGCAGCAAAAUCGUCCAGUUGUGAUGAUAUAGCGCGGGUAGCCGCAUCACAAGAACAGCUGUCGAAGAAAACGCACUUUCCGUACGCCUUUCUUCGCUCCAAGUUGUCUGUUCUUCCAGAAGAAAACGGAGGCUCUGUAAUCAAUUACAAUCGAAUUAGAGAGAAUCUGCUUCGUUCCGGAAAUCGUGGAUCGGUGAUUAGUUUACGUUCCGAACUGGAUAAUAUCUCGAUAACUGAUUCUCAGUUGAACAUAUCCGACAACGGAGAAGUGUUUUUGUCCGGAAACGACUCGAAAUCGUUUACGGCCUGCGAACUGGGAACGAUGGCUCGCAACAAUUCAAUAAAAACAUUAACCGAUGAUCCGAGUUUCGUCGGUAAUUACCAAAGACUGAGCAGUUGUCUAAGCAGUAACGAAUCCGGUUAUGACAGCGACGGUAGACAUGCCGAGGACAAAUUGGAUGAAAGUGGAUCAACUUCGGCUGGAAACAGCUUGACGGUGCAUAAUGGCACGACGAGUAUAGACUCUUAUGCGGAUGCCAUACGCAACAAAGAUCAAUCGUACAUGUUCGGUAGCCGCCGAAGAUUGUCUUCAACCAGCUCCGUUGUAUCCGUGCAGAAUCUGGAAAGUAGUUCGGUACGACGGCGCUUCCGACAGAUCAAGCUGGAAAAGCAUAGAGCGCAUGAGGUAGUGGGAAUUGAACUAACGCCACAGACGGUCAGCAUGGACGAGGGAGACUGCGAAACGAGGUAUCUGGUGACGGAAAUCGAUCCGGAAGGAAUUGCCUACAGAGACGGGCGCCUGCGGAUUGGUGAUGAGAUUGUCAACGUAAACGGACACCAUUUACGUGGUCUGCAAUCUCCCAGCACGGUUCAACGCAUACUAUCAACGUUCGUUAAUAAUAUUGUAGACCUUGUCAUUGCGCAUGAUGAGCUAACUACGUUCAACGCCGACCUGCACCGGAAGAUCAAAAUUGACGCUACCGCAAGUAAGCAUGUCACCGAUCUGGAGGUCAACGGUGCGGGUGGGCAAAACACGACCAAUGGCAAUAACCCGAGACAGCAGCACCAGCCUGGCCUUGUGCCAGGAUCCACGACCCUUAUUAACUGCUCAACACCAAACGCGAACGGACGCUUCAAGCAACAGCAGCAAACAUCAGUGAAGUCUUUUUUCCCAAUGACACCCAUAUACGCACCGGCGGACUACGUUCCGGUAUACGCGAAUCGGAUCUCCAUUUCCAACACUAUCUGUGAUGAUGAAAAAUGGCAAAUGCUAAGCAAGCAGCGGAGCGAAGCGUUGGGUAAGAACGGCUAUUCGCAGAUUCUUGGUUCGAAGCGGGUCAUCAAAGAUAGUGACGAUGAUAUUAUCAUCGUUCCGCAAGGGCUCCAAAACCGUGCUCAGCCAAGUGAGGCAGGACUUCAUACGCUCUAUCGACCCGUGUCCCAGAGUAACCUUAGUCGUCAUUCGUCGAUCGCACAUUUGUCUGAAAAUGACGACUGUGAGAACGGUGCACUUUCGGCCCGUCCGGUCACUAUGGUUGAAAUAAUUUCCGACACCAUUCGACGAAAUGUUCCCUUCGGUAGCGUCAGCAGCAGUAAUCGUCAGGCAAACGUAGACUAUCGCUCCAUCAAAAUCAAGAAUCCAGAGGAUAUUCCAAAGACAGUACAAAGAAUCAGACUGAAAUCUUGCACCGAACCCGGUACGGUUUUAACUUCAGAUGCGGGUGAAGUAACCGCAGUUGAGGCCAAUACAGAUUCGAUCGAUGGAGGUUCCCUCCAACGGUCCAAAACGGAACAGGAUAUAAGCGGUCGGGACGAGUUAGAUUGUUCGAUCGAUAGCAACAAAUACGAGUCUGGUGUGAGGAUACUGAUAAAUGAUGAAGGAUCAUCGUAUAUUGAAGGAAUUCACAAAUGCACCUAUCUAUCGGUCACGUACUAUAAAGGCAUAGGUAUGAAGUCACUAGGUUUCAGUAUCGUCGGUGGAAGGGAUUCCCCAAAAGGGAAUAUGGGUAUCUACGUUAAAACGGUCUUUCCCAGUGGACAGGCGGCUCUGGAUGGCAAUCUCAUGGCUGGCGAUGAGAUAGUUUCGAUCAACGAUGUCAUGGUGCUUGGAAUGAGUCACACCGAAACUAUCGGACUGUUCAAAAAUAUCAAAGAGGGACCGGUGAUGCUAAAGCUGGCUAGACGAAAAUAUCAAAGAGCCAAAUCCGUAGACAACUUGCCGAACUGAGCUGAUGGAUUAUCACCACUAACUAGACGCAAGUCAUUCAAAUCUAUACUUCCUAGAUGUCUUCCAGCUGGACUAUCCAAACAUAUAAUCCUAACCACGCCCAUCGAUUUCACCCUAUUUGGACACGUUUGCGCUAUCGCACUCGGACGCAGAUUUAACCGCAAGGUUGUAGCACUUAAUUCUAGUCACUUAUGUGUACUUAACUUAAAGCUGAAAUGUAAUGUUGUGUCUCAAUCGGUGGGAAAUUGUUUUUGAAAUGCUACUGCUAGUUGUAUUGUAUUGUGAUGAAUACAUUAAAUUGUAGAAUCGUAACCGUUAAUAUCUAGAUGUAAUGCACGUUCACAACAGAAUCAAAGAUUAUUAAACAAUUGUGUACAAAAAUUUAUUAGGGUAAAUUAAUAUGGUAAUAAAAAGAUUUCACUCUGUUGAUUCCGCAAACGA